UGGCGGCAGCGCCAGCAGCGCGACCCUUACGUGCGCGAGGCGGCGCGGCUCGGCUACCGCUCACGCGCGGCCUUCAAGCUGCUCGAGAUGGACGCCAAGAAGCGGCUGCUGCGAGAGGGCGGCGUGGCGCUGGACCUCGGCGCGGCGCCGGGCUCGUGGACGCAGGUGGUGCUGCGGCAUCGCAUGGCGGUCGUGGCACUCGACGAGCUGCCGAUGGAGCCGCUCGAGGGCUGCACGGUCGUGCGCGGCUCGGUCGGGUGCUCCGCGGCGCAGGCUGCUGUGCUCGGCCGGCUCGGAGGCUUGCCCGUCGACCUCGUCCUCUCCGACAUCUCGCCAGCGCGCUCGGGCCUUCUGUUUUGCGACCACGCGAGGCUAGUCUCGAUCCUGGUCGACGUGCUGGCGCUCGCGCGCCGCGUGCUGCGGCCGGGCGGCGCCGUGCUCGCCAAGGCGCUGCAGGGGGCGGACCACCACGCGCUGGUCAAGGCGGCGCGGCGCUUCGGCAAGGUGUCGACGCUCAAGCCCAAGGCCUCGCGCCGCGAGUCGGCCGAGGUCUACCUGUGCGUUCGCGAUUUU